AAACAAAAUCCACAGUUGUCAAGUAUACAGAGCAGUCAGCUAGAACACACGUUAAAGUGAAUGCAUUAAAACGCUUGGGGAAGCAUUUCUAGUUGUGCGAAUAAGCGCAGAGGGAGUGCAAUGAAAUUACACUUGAACAGAACAAGGUGACACACGUGUUCAUUUUGAAAGCAUGUGAUGUCAAUGAUGGAAUAAUCUCAAUUUGUGUCUUGGAGUUAAUAUUGGAGCGACUGUAUAUUGGAUCAGUGUCAUAAAGAAUAUUGAACAAUGCUAUGGGGGCAGCGUGGUUAAGAUGCUUUAGCCGCGGAUGGAGAAGGUUUCGAUGUCUCUCGCUCGUCUUGCUGCUUGUGUUGAGUGUUUACAUGUACCUCUGGCUGACGGUGAAACGGCGAUCUCAAAACCAGGAUUAUGGCGGAACCGAUUCCAUGUAUGCCAACGAGGUGAUUAACAGUCUGCUUAGGAACCAAACCUUCAGUCGCGAUCAAGUCUGUAACCACCCUUACUUAGACCCCUUUGAACCAUCGAUAAUGAAAUUUUAUCGUGACGUUGGUUCGUUGCGAUGUAGUGAGGAUGGUAACUGGAUUAAAGUUAACAACGGUACUUUCUGGAUAGAUAAAGAAGCCAGGCUGAGACACGGAAAGAUUUCCUGUCAAUAUGCCCCAAUUUAUCGGAAAGACGAAGAUCACUUUCGAGUCGGUGAUAAAAAAUCGUUCGAUAAUAAGGUUAUCUCAGCCCCGGCAGAUGUGAUACAAGUUUCUUGUCAAUCGGGUUUGUUUGGGGCCAAAUACUCAAAUGUACACACGACGGUAGCUUACAACCGAGAGGUACACGAGAGAGUGAAUAAAGCUUCGUACGACCAACUUUACAUGCCUUUAAACGUCUUGAUGUUUGGGUUUGACUCCGUGUCAAGAAACACUUGGUUAAGAACUUUGCCCAAAACACAUAAAUAUUUCACCGAACAUCUCAAAGGCAUUGUUUUAAAAGGGUACAAUAUUGUUGGGGACGGGACCCCGCAGGCGUUGCUUCCCAUUCUUACGGGACAAACGGAAAUUGAACUACCGGAAGCUAGACGCGGGAAACCCGAUGCUAAAGUGGUAGAUGGUCAUCCAUGGAUUUGGAACGAUUUUAAAAAGUCCGGAUAUAUGACGCAAUGGGGUGAAGACAUGUGCUGGAUCGGGACCUUCAAUUUAAGAAUGCUGGGUUUUGACAAACAACCGGUGGAUCAUUUUUGGCGGCCAUAUUGUCAGGCGUCAGAAGGGCUACACAAGUAUAAUAAACCUUUCUGUCUCGGUUCAGAGCGAAGACACAAGGUCAUGAUGGAAUGGGUAAAGGACGGGUUUCAAAUGUACCAGAACCGCCUUAAAUUUAUAUUUGCAUUUCAUUCGGAAUAUAGUCACGAAGAUUCCAGCACAUUAAGCUGGGCUGAUGAUGACUUGUUGGGAAUGUUGAAAUAUUUAGAAGAAAAUAAUUACUUAAACAAUACUAUGUUGAUACUAAUGAGUGACCAUGGUGCACGAUUUCAUGCUGUAAGAGAAAGCAUGCAAGGGAAAUAUGAAGAGAGGAUGCCAUACUUUUCUUUCCGUUUUCCAACAUGGUUUCAAAAGAAAUAUCCUUCUGAAUUUAAAGCUUUCAAAAAUAAUGCAAAUCGUUUAACUACCCCUUUUGAUAUUCACGAAACAUUCCGAGAUAUGAUGAAAUUCGAAAAUAAACCUUCUGAGAAUGAAAAACUCUCUAGAGGAAUGAGUUUGUUCAAACCUAUUCCCAAGCAUCGUUCUUGUACUGACGCAGAUAUUUCUCCUCAUUGGUGUGCAUGCUUGGGAUGGAACGUCGUUUCCGCUACUGAUCCCAUCACUAAAAAAGCAGCAGCUUCCAUUGUUGACUUUAUGAACAGUUUGACAGAAAAAUUCAGAUCUAAAUGCCAUUCCCUCUCUUUAAAAUCAAUCAAAAGUGCCAUGGUUAUGCAGUCAAAUCCAUAUAUAGCUCGUUUCCUUGGCAGCGCUGACGUCGAUGGUCGGGUGCCUAAAGAGUCCAAAGGCGCAGUUGACAAGAGCGCUCUGUAUCAAAUCACGCUACAAACGACGCCUGGUGACGGUGUCUUUGAAACCACUGUAAAACACUUCGCCUCUGUCGACAAAUUUGUUAUAAGUGAACGAGAGAUUAGUAGAAUAAACAGAUACGGAAAUGCUGCUAACUGUGUGUACAAUGAUGCACCCCAUCUUCGACAGUAUUGUUAUUGUAAAUGACCAUUGUUCAAUGGAUAGGAUAACAUUUUAAUAUUUUCAGUAUUUUGGGUUUUUUCUUCCAUGUUUACAAAAUGAAGAUUUUUUUUAAAUCUUUAGAUAAAGUUAGUUAUUGUUUCUUUCAAUAUUUACAAAUUGGUUAACUUUUUUUCAAAUAUAUUGUAGACCUAUGAUUUUUUUUAUUUCAUAUUUAUAUUUCAGAACAAGUUUUGUAUAUAAAAGAGAAUUUACAAAAUGUUUAUACAGCAAGCUUUUUUCAGUUGAAUUUUUUAAUAGAUCUCAAAAUAAAGUAUUGUGUGUUGUAUGUAGUGGAAUCAGUUAUAGUGUUUCAGUCGCCCGCAUAAUAACGGUCAUGCGCGGAUCCAGAAAAUUUUUCCAGGGGGGGUCCGAAGGAUAAUUGUGUUUGCCAGGGGGGGUCCGAGGCAUAUUUUCGCGAUAAUUUUACUAUGUAAAUUU